AUGGCUGCAACAUCUAUGGCGGCAGCGCUCGCUGCCUCGCUCCCCGCUCCCUCCGCCGUCUCAGCAGCCCCAGCGCCUACCUAUGAGGCCAUUCCUGCGUCCAUGGCCAAGGUCAUCGACAUCGAGGCAGACAUCCCUCUCACCUGCGUCCAGCUCGACGGACUGGUCGUAACCAAAAUCAUUAAACAUGCACGCGAAGCUGUUGGUGCUACGGCCCAUGGUUUAUUGUUAGGCCUCGAUCUCGAUGGUAUUCUCGAGGUCUCCAACUCGUUCCCAUUACCCCACCAUGCCGGAGAAGAGGAUGAAAAGUCUGCAAAAGCUAGUGCCCGUCAUCAGGCAUCUAUGCUACGCUCUCUCAAGGAGGUCCAAGCUGAUGACAGUGUGAUUGGUUUCUAUCAAGCAACCACACUCGGUGCAUUCUUCAACCAGACAUUGGUGGACACCCAGGCGAUUCAUCAAGAAAAACUUCGCCACGGAGGCAUUGUUAUCGUCCAUGAUCUUUCACAAACCGCAAGAGGAAACGCCUCAUUCCGAGCCUACCGGUUGACGGCAGCCUUUUUGGAUGCGUACAAAAAAUCAAACUUUAGCACAUCAAGUUUGAUGAGCCAUCGCCUAACGUUUUCAUCGAUACUUGAAGAAGUGCCUCUCAAAAUCCGAACGAACCCUCUACUGAGUGCAUUCCUCGGAACGCUGACGGAGACCAGGGCAGGAGCCCUUCCAAGCGCCGCUGGAGGGAGCACAACAGGGUCGGCAUUGGAACCGACAUUCUCGGUACUUGAUCUCGGAACAGGAGGAGUGACACGGAACCUGGAGCAAAUCGUGGAAGCAGUAGACAACUAUCGAACAGAGGAAGGCAAUCUGUCGUAUCUGAGCCGCCAAAUUGCACGAGAACGCGCCAAGGCGGAGAACUAUGUUGCGAAACGCAAAGAAGAGAACCAGGCCCGGGUCGCGCAAGGCCUGGCGCCGCUGCCUGAGGAGGAUGUAUCACGACUGUUCAAGAUUCCGGCAGAACCGAGCCGCCUUGAGAGCCUGCUGCUGCUGGGACAAAUUGACGCGUAUGGAAAGAGCCUUGCAGGAAGUGCGAGCACGGGGCUGGUAAAGAUGUACGCAACACACGCCGGUUCAGAGAUAUGA